GAGUUCAAACAGGAAAGCUUGAGUUUGCUCAACCACUGUUAUCAACAAGAUGAUAGCGAAACACUGCGAUUGCUGACAGCCGAGUUACCCAACUGGGGACAGCACACCUGUCUUUCAUUAGCCGUUAUUGCGAAUAAUAGGAGAUUCCUUGCGCAUCCGUGCUGUCAGAUUCUGCUCGCCGAUUUGUGGCACGGUGGUCUUGGCAUGAAAAGCAUUCUGUUGCUGGAUGUGAAAGCGCGUAUAUCGAAGCGACGAAUGGAUUCGUUGCAGGAUCAUCAAUAUCUGAUCAAAGGCGACGAAUCAGAAAAUUAUCUGAAAAGUCGACGGAAAGCCACUCGCAAAUCAACUGUAUUCUCACGUCAAAUGACGAAUUUUUUUGAAACGGCUAAUUUGAUCGAAGAAACGUUGCGAGCGAAAUCCGGAUUUCGGCCGUCACGAAAAACAACCAGUGUGCAAGAAGCUGAAGAGGUAGUGUAUUUUGUUGAUAAGAAUUUGGAAGUUUCUUUCACCGAGUAA